AUGACAGUCAACCAGAUGGAUGCAUCCGUCAAGGCCGACCCAACAGUCCAUCUUGAGAAGGGAUCACAGUCUGAGGACUCUUCUGACCAUGGCUUGCCGUCAGAUGAAAAGACUGAUGGCAAGAUCCCCCGAGUUGAGAGCACGGCUGAGACAGAUGCUUUCAUCGACCUCAUGAACGCCCAGCUUGCGCCUGUGGAGAAGAGAUCGUCUAUCUUUCGACCUACUUUCAAGGAUCCGCGCUACUUUACUUGGACUAUGGUCUUGUUCGCUUCGAUGGACGGCUUACUGUUCGGCCUCGACCAGUCAUCAAUAUCGGGCGCCAAUCUCACGUUGCCAUAUGAUCUUGGCUUUACCGUAAGACAGCAAAGUCUCGUAAACGGUUUGAUGCCUGCUGGAGCCGUCGUCGGCGCACUUCUACUGUCGCCCGUAAAUGAAUACUUUGGCAGGCGAGGAGCCAUCAUCCUUUCCACUAUCCUAUACACCAUUGGCGCGGCACUCGAAGCUGGAGCAAUGGACUAUGCCAUGAUGUUGUCCGGACGACUUGUACUCGGAUUGGGCAUUGGCAUCGAGACAGGUACCGUGCCUGUGUACGUUGCUGAAACGGUGGAGAGGCGCUUCCGAGGCAAUCUGGUAUCGUUGUAUCAAUUCAAUAUUGCUCUAGGUGAGGUAUUUGGCUUUGUUGUGGCUGCCAUCUUCAUUAGAGUCAAAGGCAAUUGGCGGUACAUCCUCGGAUCCUCAAUCGUCUUCUCAGUUAUCAUGUUUACUGGUAUGCUAUUUCUCCCGGAAUCACCAAGAUACCUAGCACACUCUGGGAAGACCUUGGAAGCCUUCGCAGUCUGGAAGCGUAUCCGAGGCCUCAACGAUCCUGCUUCUCGCGCUGAAUUCCACAUCAUGGUCUUGAGUGUUGAAGAGCGAGAGCGAGAGAAGGCGAAUAAGACUGGUGGCAAUCACUUCGCAUGGUUGGAUCUCUUCCGGGUCCCUCGUGCUCGCCGAGCAUUCGUCUACGCCAACACUAUGAUGCUGCUUGGCCAAUUCGUCGGAAUCAACGGCAUAAUGUACUACAUGAGUGUGUUAAUGACGCAGAUUGGAUUCGAUCCUGUUACCGCCGUCUACAUGUCCAUGGUAGGCGGAGGGUCACUAUGGCUCGGAACUAUACCUGGAAUUCUGUACAUGGAGAAGUUUGGUCGCCGCUUCUGGGCGAAUACCAUGCUCCCUGGAUUCUUUAUCGGCCUCGUCUUGAUCGGCGUCAGCUACACUCUUGACCUUGUCACCCAGCAGACAGCGACCGUAGGCCUAUAUAUUACGGGCUUGAUCCUAUACAUGGGUUUUUAUGGUACUUACGCCUGCCUCACCUGGGUCAUCCCGUCUGAGGUGUAUCCUACAUAUCUUCGCAGCUAUGGCAUGACCAGCUCAACCGCGAUGAUAAACUUGGGCAACUUCGUCAUCUCCUACAACUUCACCGGCAUGCAAGAGGCCAUGACCAAGCCCGGUCUCACACUCGGUUUCUUCGGCGGCAUCGCAGUAAUUGGCUGGUUCUAUCAGAUGAUCUUCAUGCCCGAGACGAAGAACUUGACAUUGGGGGAAAUCGACAUUGUGUUCUCGAAGCCUACCAAGCGGUUGGCUCAGGAGAAUAUCAGCAAUGUGACCAAAGCCGCUUCUCAGAUCGCUCACUUCCGGUUCAAAGAAUUAUUUGCUGAUGUUACUAAGGAGCGGGUCGAGCUAGACCGGGAGGUCUUUGGCCACUAG